AUGUCAACUGCCCAUGAGAUUGCUUUAAAAGCACGUGCCGCUGGUAACAUUUUGAAAACUGUUGAUAAUGCAAAUCGUUCUGAGAUUUUACGCAAGAUUCACGAUGCUUUAAAAGAAAAGGCAUCAAUCAUUGAAGAGGCUAAUAAGAAAGAUUUGACAGUUGCUAAAGAAACUGGUUUAGUCGAUUCCUUAUUGAAGCGUCUUGAUCUUUUCAAAGAUGAUAAAUUCGAUGUUAUGUUACGAGGUAUUUUAGAUGUAGCAAAGUUGGAAGACCCAGUCGGUAAGGUCAAGAUGGCUAGAGAAUUAGAUGAGGAUUUAACUUUGUACCAGAUUACUGCACCAGUUGGUGUCCUUUUGGUUAUUUUUGAAUCACGCCCAGAGGUUGUUGCCAAUAUCACUUCAUUAUGUAUCAAGAGUGGUAAUGCAGGUAUAUUGAAAGGUGGUAAAGAAUCUGUUAACACAUUUAGAGCUAUGGCUGCCGUUAUCAACUCGACCAUUGAACAAAAUGUAGCAACCACUGGUAUUCCAAUGGGUGCAGUUCAAUUAGUUGAAACUAGGGAAGACAUUGCAGACUUAUUAAAGGAAGAUGAAUUGAUUGAUCUUGUGGUUCCAAGAGGAUCAAAUGCAUUAGUUAGAAAUAUAAAAAAUACAACAAAAAUUCCAGUUUUAGGUCAUGCGGAUGGUAUUUGUUCAGUCUAUAUCGAUGAAUUUGCAGACUUAACUAAGGCUAAAAGAAUUGCCUUUGAUGCCAAGACCAACUAUCCAGCUGGUUGUAAUGCAAUGGAAACUUUACUAAUCAAUCCAAAAGCUGCGUCAUGGUGGGAAAUCUUGGAAAACUUAUCUCGUAACGGUGAUGUUGUAGUACAUGUCACAAAGGACGUUAAGGAAGCGUACAUUUCUAAAUUAGAGGAACUUGGCAAAUUGGACGAUGUUUUGAAAUCUAAAAUUGCAGAUGCCAAGGAAAAUGAGGAUUUUGAUAAGGAAUUUUUGUCUUUAGAUUGUGCAGUCAAGUUUGUUGCAUCUACUCAAGAAGCUAUUCAACAUAUCAACUUACAUUCUUCAAAACACACUGAAUGUAUUGUCACCGAAAAUAAUGAAAACGCAGAGAAGUUCCUAAAGGGUAUUGACUCCUCCGGUGUCUAUUGGAAUGCAUCUACUAGAUUUGCGGAUGGUUUUAGAUACGGUUUUGGUACGGAAGUUGGUAUUUCAACCUCGAAAAUCCAUGCCCGUGGGCCAGUUGGUUUAGAUGGUUUAGUCACUUACCAAUAUCAAAUCAGAGGUAACGGUAAUAUUGCAGCUGACUAUUUGGGUGCCGGUGGUGAGAAGGCAUUCAUUCACAAAAAUUUAGAUAUUAAAAACAUAAAAUUAUGA